UUUGCCCCUUAGCGCUUGCCGUAGUAGAAGCAACUGUCAUGGCGCCUGUCAACCGACUCAAAAGUUUUGACGUGACAACAAACUUUUCUGACGCCUACGUCUGUCACUCCUCUGGCAGGUCGUUGUAAGGUGCCGCAUUUCAGAUCUUUUAAAAUCCGCAUCGGACAUCAGAUGAAAAGAACACAAACAACGCUCAUGAAGAUGUAAAGCUUAAUUCGUGCUAACGUUGACCGGCGCAAUGAUGCAUCGCUAGUGGCUAACAGUAGCUAAGCUAGCCACCUUCAACAGGUUAGCUAGCUUAACUUUCAGCUAGCUAAACUUUUCUGGAAAGUUUUUGUGUCGGUGUGAUUUCACAUGUCAUAACGGACUGUAAACCGACUCUAACUCGUUUAAAGUGCUUGCUUUAGGCUUUGGCCUGUGUGUUUUUCAUCUCAAGAUGUGUCGUUUUCUACGCUACUGUGUCAGCCACUGCCUUCAUGCAGCGAUGACCAGGCUGGAGGAGGUCAACGGAGAGGUGAGCAUGUGGUCCUCUGUCCGGUGGCUGGGCUACCUGUCCAGUCUCAACCUGCUGGUCGCCCUGUGUUUGGGGCUCUAUGCCCGGUGGGAGAGGACCGCUGAGACCAUUCUUAUCGUCAUCUUCAUCUUGGCCCUGGUUGUCCUCGGAAUAGCGAGUAUAGUGUACUACUACUUCAACAUGGAGAGGCUCAGCCUCAGCCUCCUCCACCCGUGGUUCGGCUUCCUGCUGGGACUGCUGUGUUUCCUCAACAGCCCUGAUCUGCAGAGCGACCUGAAGGAGCGGGCUGCCAACUACAUGCUGCUGACCAGCGUGGCUCUGAGGACGCUGUGGGCGCUGCUGGACCGACUGUUCGGAUGCACCAGGUACCGGCCCGCUUUCCUCACCUCAGCAGAGCGGCUGGAGCUGGCGGGUUUCGCCGCCGCCAGCACGGCACUGCUCCUCCAAAAGUCCCUGAGCGUCAUGGUGCUGGUGGUGGCGCUGGCCAUGGUCAUGGUUGCCCUCCGGAUGAAGGCGCUCCUGGCUCUUCCCAACUUGGUCUGCUUCGCUGUAAUCACCGGCGUGCUGUUCUUCCAGUCUCUCGACAUCACCACCAACCCCUUCGCCCUCGCCUGCUUCUUCAGCCAGCUCAUCUGCGACCCUCUGCUGGACGUCUACUUCAGCGGUCUGUCUGUGACCGAGCGCUGGCAGCCUUUCCUGGCGUGGCGGGGCCUGUGGCGCCGGCUGUCCCUCCUGCCUCUACUGGUGGUGGAGGUGACCUUCAUCGCUCUGUCCGCUCGGAAGCUGACAGACCUGGACCAGUGGUACCUGAUGAUCCCGACCUUUGUGGUCUGUGUGCUCUUCUGGGCCACCUGCCACAUGGUGUUUGUCAUCACAGUGUGGGGCUUCCACACCAAGCUCAGUGACUGCCAGAGGGUGUGCUUGUCCCAGCUCGGGUCAGGCCUGGACAAGAUCAUGGCCUCAAAGGGCGUGAGACAUUUCUGCCUCAUCUCUGAUCGCCUGGUGUUCCUCACGCUGGUGUCAACAGUUGCUGUUGCUGUUGCUUGUUGGCAGGCCUCCAGCAGCAUCUUCGUGAGCAUGUUUCUGCUCGUCCUGCCUCUGGAGUCUCUGUUCCACGGGCUUUUCCACGAGCUCGGAAACAGCCUGGGAGGAACGUGUGUGGGCUACGCAGUGGUCAUCCCCACCAACUACUGCAGUCCUGAUGGUCAGCCCAUGCUGCUGCCUCCUGACCAGGUGCAGGAGCUCAACCGGCGCUCUACAGGCAUGUUGAACAACGUGCAGCGCUUCUUUGCCCACCACCUGAUAGAGGUUUUCGGCUGCGACUUUUCCACCAGCGGCGUGACCCUGGAUGCUCUGCAGGCCAAGAUCAAAUCCUUCCUUGAGCUUCGCACGGCAGACGGGCCUCGCCAUGACACCUACGUCAUUUUCUACAGCGGACACAGUCACCGCUCUGGGGAGUGGGCGCUGUCAGGAGGAGACACUCUCCGUCUGGAUCAUAUCUUGGAGUGGUGGCGGGAGAAGAACGGCAGCUUCUGUUCGCGCCUCAUCUUGGUGCUCGACUGUGACAACUCGUUGCCGUGGGUGAAGGAGGUCCGGAAGGCAGAGGACCUGCACGUGGCUGUGCAGGGAGCGACGCUCGCUCGCGUGUCGGACGCCGAGCACAAGGACCCCCCGCAGCUCGGAGACUUCACCUUCCAGUGGGUGGAAUACAACUGCAACUCAAACAGCAACAUCCAGUGGUGCGAGAGAGGCAGGGCGGUUAGUGCCGACUACGGCGUCUCCAAGCACUGGAGCGACUACACGCUGCACCUGCCGACAGGAAGUGAUGUCACCAACCACUGGAGCAUGUACUUCCCCCGGAUGACGUACCCGGUGGUCCAAUUGGCGCUGUGGUGCGGCGGUCUGAACCUGCUGUGGCUCUGCAGCGCCUGCCUGCGAUGCUUGAAGAGGGUUAAACUCAACUGGUUUCCACCAGCGAUACUGGACACUGGCCAAGGCUUCAAACUGGUUAGAUCAUAGAAAUAUGAACAAGGGCAAUUUUUAUAUUAUAUAUAUUAUAUUUUAGAUAGGAUAUUUUCUAAAAGUUAACCCUGAAAAUAGGCAGCUGUUGGAUUGUAAAUUAACCAUUUUCUUCAUAGAUACUGAAAAAAAAAAAAAAAAAACAAUCGCCAGGUUACUGAUGCAUUUUGGCAUAUGUCCUUAGUGCCAGGUUUUAUAUUCUUUUAAAUUCCUUUAUUAUGGUGUGUUUUUAGCUUUGAUUUAAAGAUCUUAACAUCCCUCUCAAACAGUUAUGUUAAUGUGUGGGAUGAGACUGAGCACAAUGAUCCUAUUUUGCACAUUUUUAGAUCGUAUAUACUGUCAGAUCUGAUUCCACCUUGACUCUCAAAACAUUCGUGUUGUGCCUUUUUACUUUAAAACCACCAAAGAGCGUCUCGCUUCCCAAGCGGAUCUAUUUAACAUUAAACCAAAGUGGCCGUGCUACAUAUUCAGAGGAAGAUCUCAGGCAUAAUUAAUAUUUGGUUUCUGGAGCUCAGCAUUUUAUAUUAUAUUGUUGUAUUUUCAUUGUGAAAUGAUUCCUUCUGCAUCCUUUUGUCAAGCUUCGAGUAUAUUCCAUGCACUGCCUUGUGUCUGUUGUAAAGCUUUUAGGAGGUAUUUGCUCUACACUCCAGCUGCUUCAGGGAGACCAGAAUGUUCAUUUUUUAACUGUACUGACGAGUGCACUACAAGCAGCCAUGUGUGAGAAGUAUUUAUGUCGUACUAAAUCCUGGAAAUGUAAUGUAUCGCAUGAUGAGCUGAUUUUCCUCCCGGAGUUUAUUGCAGUUUACUGGGCUAUGCAAAUGAAUUAUAAUCAAUUUUGUGUGUUGCAAUGGAAUUUGUUGGAAGAGUAUCAGGUUGAAAAUGGAUGAAACUAUGCAAUAAAAGAGAAGUGAAACUUCACUGCUCAAACGACGAA